AUGCUGUACAAACCAUCUUUCAAGUCUUUGAAGAUUGUCAUGGCUAAUUUGCUGAUAAUGCUUUUUGUGAUGGAAAUGGUAGUGAGUGGUUUCAGUUCUGGAGCAGGUGCUUUGAAAAUGAAUUACUACUUCUUAAGCUGCCCUAUUGCUGAACCUGUUGUUCAGAACAUAGUCAACAGAGCUCUACAGGAUGAUCCCACCCUAGCUGCAGCUCUUGUUAGAAUGCACUUCCAUGACUGUUUUAUAGAGGGAUGUGAUGGGUCAAUCUUGAUUGACUCCACUAAGGGCAACACAGCAGAAAAGGAUUCACCUGCAAAUUUGAGCUUGAGAGGCUACGAAGUCAUAGAUGACAUCAAAGAAGAGCUAGAAAGACAAUGCCCUGGAGUGGUUUCAUGCGCUGAUAUUCUUGCUAUGGCUGCUAGAGAUGCAGUUUUCUUUGCAGGAGGUCCAGUGUAUGACAUACCAAAAGGAAGGAAGGAUGGAGCAAGGUCAAAAAUUGAGGACACUAUCAAUCUACCAGCCCCUAUCUUCAAUGCUUCUGAGCUCAUCAAGAUGUUUGGGCAACAUGGGUUUUCUGCAAGAGAGAUGGUGGCUCUCUCUGGAGCUCACACACUAGGAGUGGCAAGGUGUUCUUCUUUCAAGAACAGAUUGACCCAAGUGGAUCGAACAUUGGACUCAGAAUUUGCAAAGACACUCUCCAAAACAUGCAGCACUGGUGACAAUGCUGAGCAACCCUUUGACGCCACAAGAAACGAUUUUGAUAACUUAUACUACAACGCUUUGGUCUCAAACAACGGGGUCCUUACAUCAGAUCAAACAUUGUACAAUAGUCCACAAACAAAGAACAUUGUGAAUUCCUAUGCAAUGAACCAAGCCUUGUUUUUCUUAGAUUUCCAACAAGCCAUGGUGAAGAUGAGCAUGCUCGAUGUCAAAGAGGGUUCCAAAGGGCAAGUACGAAAAAAUUGCCAUAAAAUAAACUGA